GGGCACGAGAAUCGUCAUCUCUUCGCCAGCUUUCCAGUCACUCCUUUCAGCCACGAUUGCUUCCGCGCAAAGACAACAGCCUCGAAUCACAUCCCAAACCACCAAUAACAUCGAGAUUCCACCACCCGCAAACAUGACCCGCGCUCAGCAGACCAUCUCUCUUGCGCUCCUCGUGAGCUCGCUCUACCUCGCACUAUUCCUCCAGCUCAUCCCGAUUCCCGCCAAGAUUCAGAACGAUGUUGUCCCCGUUCUGCCCUUCUGGGCCCUGAUCUCCUUCGGCUCCUACCUCCUCGCAAAGCUCGGAUACAAUGUCAUGACCUUCAACGAUGUGCCCGAGGCGCACAAGGAGCUCAUGGCCGAGAUUGAGGAGGCCGUCGUCGACCUGCGGAAGCUUGGUGUCGAUGUGGACUAAGGAAAUGAUGACAUCUCAAGAGACCCACGACUCGAUGCGAAAGCCGACCAGAUAACAUUGUAGGAUACCUGGGGGAUAUAGCCUGGUACUUCUCAAUGAACAUGGCGUGUCGACCUCUGCAGUAUCUCGUUCAUGACGUUCACGCUCACCCGAGACUUGUACAAUACGACUAUCCCUGCCACGUAUGCGAUUCGAGGAGGUGACUAGAGAGGCGACAAAGCUCGGUACAAGUACAUGAUAUUGCGAGCUUCAUAGCUGCGUAGAGUCCAGGGUCCUGCGAAUGUCAAGUUUUCAUGACUGUAGACCGGCUUAAGUAAUAGCUAUCAGUACCUGAUGGACUCUUGAUUAUCGCAUUCGUGUGACCCAUCAGUCGGCUUGCAAAUUGCUCAGGAUAACUCGAUGUCAAACCUAAAUUUCAACUUGGCGAACACCCCA